UUUGUUUGGGCUGAUGCCCAACAAGGCCGUGCAAAUCUGCUAAAACACCGAACGGACAAAUUUCCUUUCCGUUCUGUCUCUUGUGUCUUGUCUCUUUCCGUGCACCUGACCGUCCAAAAACUCUUUACUUUUUUUCUUUGAAACUAUCGAUUUCUCCAAAAACAAAAUCUCUCUCUGUAAAUAAAAACACUCUCUUUUUACACACACAAAAUUUUAAAAAAAAGAAUUGCAUUUACAAUUUAUACUUAUUUAUUUGAAGAAAACAUGGCUUCUUCUAGUCCUCGCACUGUCGAAGAGAUCUUCAAAGACUAUAGCGCUCGACACUCGGCUCUCGUUCGUGCUCUCACUUACGAUGAAGAUGACUUCUACUCGCAAUGCGAUCCAGAUAAGGAGAAUUUGUGUUUGUAUGGACAUCCAAAUGAGGCAUGGGAGGUAGCUUUACCGGCAGAGGAAGUUCCACCAGAGCUCCCUGAGCCAGCCUUGGGUAUUAAUUUUGCAAGAGAUGGGAUGAAUCGUAAAGAUUGGCUUUCGCUGGUUGCUGUGCAUAGUGAUUGUUGGUUGCUCUCUGUGGCUUUCUAUUUUGGCGCUCGACUUAACCGCAAUGAAAGGAAGCGUUUAUUUAGCAUGAUAAAUGAUGUACCCACUGUCUUUGAAGUUGUAACUGGAAGAAAGCCUGUGAAAGACAAACCCACAGCGGAAAGCGGAAGCAAAUCACGAAACAGCACAAAGAGAUCAAUUGACGGACAGCUAAGAAGCAAUCCUAAGUUAGCUGAUGAAAGUUACGAGGAGGAUGAAGAAGAGCAGGGUGAUACCUUUUGUGGGACCUGUGGGGGAGGAUACAACUCUGAUGAGUUUUGGAUUGGUUGUGACAACUGCGAACAAUGGUACCAUGGAAAGUGUGUAAAGAUAACACCAGCAAAGGCAGAAAUAAUUAAGUUUUACAAAUGUCCUUCAUGCCAAAAAAAGGUGAGGCAGUAGCAACCGAUGGAGGGACUGACCUGAUCAGUUUAAUUCACUGAUGUUGUCGUAAAGCAGCUAUAGCAAACGCAUAAAUCUGUUGGUACCGGAAAAUCCUUCUUUAAAUCGCAAGCCUUCUUUAGGUACAUGUAGUGGCAUACAAAUGGAUGAUGCAUGUGCAUUUGUGUAGAUUAAUACUUUUUAACUUGUUAUCUUGUUCAGCUGCAGUGAAUGCAGUUUUCCAGUUUUCGAAGUUUGGAAUCAUGUGGAUACUUAGUUGCUCUUAAGUCCUAAUGGCUGAUCAGGUACCUAAUGGAUUUAGGUUUUAUGUUCAAGAAAGAUCUAUCCUGUUAAGUUGAUACCUUUUCUUUGCCCUUGCUGAAAUUUCCACUUCCUUUCAAUCAUGUGCUUAUGUUCUUCUGUCUUGGUAUAGAAUAACAUGCUGUUCAUCAAUUUUCCUCUGAUCUCCAAGUUUCUUUUCUUCUUUCAAUCAUGCCGAUUGAGUUGAGUUGAUACAUUGAUAGACUUGAGUUCGGCUCGAUUCGAAAACUCGAGCUUGACUGUAGUUCAAUUGGAUUUUAUUUUUUAUGGUCAAGCUCGGCUUGAUAGACUCAAGUUUAUCACAAA